GAUGUCGGUCAGUCGUACAGAUGUGAAGGUGUUCUCCGGAUCUCCCUCCCUCUCCAUCUCCCUGUGUUUUAUGUCUGCGUCACAACAAGUCGAAGGAGAGUGAGGCAGAGAUGAUGAUGGCGUCUCUCUCGGGCUGAUUCUCAUGCCGCUACCCUGACAAACACGCUCGAUAGCAUCAACCGAGAGACAGGGGGAGGUUGGGAACAUGAAGCAGAAGACAGACAGAGAGAGAGAGACGGACGGACAGACGGUUGCGCACUGACGGCUUGAGUGACGCGCGUUUGAUCCGCCGCGACUCUCCAAACGCGCCGAUUAUUCGGGACAGUGAUUGAGACGCAGAACAACACCGGGCAUCAGGCGUUUCAUGUGAGACUGACAUCUCAUCCCCGUCUCUGUGACCCCAGCAGAGCAGAACACUUAACACAGGAUGGGGGGAGUCAGUGAAGGAGAGGAUGUUUUAGCCAGGUGGAGCGAUGGACUUCUGUACCUCGGCAAUGUCAAACGAGUGGACAGCGUCAAGCAGUGCUGUUUGGUCAGAUUUGAGGAUAACUCUGAAUUCUGGGUCCUCAGGAAAGACAUCCACUCAUUCUCUUCAGGUGGAGAGGAGGUGUGCUGUAUCUGUGAUGCUCCGCCUCUUAAAGAACCUCUCGUAAACUGCCUCAAAUGUCGCCACGGUUAUCAUCCAGAGUGCCACACGCCGCCCAUUGAACCUGAAGUUGACCCCAACAGCUGGAUAUGUCGCCAAUGUGUCUUCGCAGUCGCAACAAAGAGAGGGGGAGCGUUAAAAAGAGGACGCUUCGCACGGCUCAUGCAGAUCAUGAAAGUGCGGCUGCCCUAUCAGCUGUCAUCUUUAGACUGGGACCCGCAGCACUUGACCAACCAGCAGCAGUGUUACUGCUAUUGUGCUGGACCAGGAGAGUGGAAUCUGAAGAUGUUGCAGUGUGGGAGUUGUGGGCAGUGGUUUCAUGAAGCUUGCACUCAGUGCCUGACCAAACCUCUUCUCUAUGGAGACCGCUUUUAUCAGUUCCAGUGCUCAGUGUGCACAAAUGGUCCAGAGACCAUCCAGAGGCUUCCAAUGACCUGGGUAGAUUUGGCCCAUUUGGUGCUGUAUCACCUCUCCCUGUGCUGCAAGAGGAAGUAUUUUGAUUUCGAUCAUGAACUCAUGUCUUUUGCAAAUGAAAAUUGGGAAUCUUUGCUUCUUGGCACGGAUAUCUACCAGAAAAUGGUUGUUGCAGAGGACCCUUGUCGACUUCCAGCCCCCUGCCUUCCAUUCUCUCUGUCCUCGGCUCACCCAACCGGACAGCGCUAUGAAAGCUGCCCGUCUCUCUACCUGCAUGACGUGCCACCCUGCCCCAGUACAGUCGGCAUGGGGGGGCCCACGCCGAUGGGGUGGGGGGGAAGCGACUCCGUCAGGAUCCUAGCCAGACGCGUAACGGCGGACGGAAAAGUCCAGUACCUAGUGGAAUGGGGAAAUGUGAACGUGUACUGAGAACCUGUGUGCGACAGAGAAAGAGGAAAGGGCUAGAGACAUCAAGAUGCAUCAUUAGAGUUUGCAUGGUUACGAGCAGAGGUGUGGAAGCAUCAAUGAGCAGGUGGGUGUUCAGCGGUCGGGAGAAGAAAACCACAUCGAGCAAAUCCAGGUUGAGCUACACAGCAGCUUCACUCUGAGAUUAUACUGUUAAAUCUCUUACACGUUCUUUUACAGUGUCUCCUAUAUUUUGAAUACUGUUAGAAAACGCCUUUAGAAUGCCUUGAACUUUAUUGUCAUGAUUUGUAAUGUAUAAGCUAUUCAUCGCCAUCACAUGUUCUUCAUGUACACGUAACGGUCAGAAAUUUCAGGAAAGCUUCAUCAUGCGGUCACAUCAGUAAUUGUAAUAUUUUAACGACAGGGAAAAAAGUGCUCCUCUAAAAAUAGUCAUUUUAGAACAAUUCCAAGUUUAGUCCAAGUCAAACUCAAU